GCAACUCUGUCGUCGAUCUGUCAUGCACCUUCUGCCGCAUAACAAAAAAAUAGUGGAAUUGUUUUGCCGUAAAAUAAUUUCAAAAAGUUCACUCGUUCUUCAUUAAUUGUGAUUGCCUAGUGUCUAAAAAUUGGUCGCAAUAAUGGAGAACAACUCUGAGCAAAUCAACACGAAUCCGGUAACGAUGCUACCACCUCCGCCUCCGCCGCCGGGAAUGCUAAUUGGUGGUCCAAAUUGGCCUCCUGGUCAGGAACAUCCACCUUUGCUCGCACCACCAUCUGGUAUGCCACCUCUAAUGCCAACACCACCAGGUGGUCCUCCAUCUCUAAUGGGCGCACCACCCGGUGCCCCUGUAGGGCUGAUGGGCGCUCCACCUGGAGUAGGAAAUCCUCCGUUAAUUGGUCCAGCGGGAAGCAAUCUUCAGAUGGGUCCACCAGGAACUAAUUCUUCACCAACCGAUGGGAUGGCAGAUGAUCAAAAUAAGAAUCCUCCUGCUUUGAUGUCACUGAACUUGGACAAUCCGGAACAAGAAGUUCCAAAGAAACCAUCAGAAUUGAUUCUUCCAAAAGCGCUAGAAGAUGUUUUAGCUCUUAAAACUCUUCGUGCAAAGGAGCUCGGCGCUGAGGAGACUUUAGCUGCCACAGGAGCAGUAGUACCGGUUGCUUCAAUGCUGCCACCUCCGCCAGCAGGAAUGAUGAGUUCUUAUCUGGAUAUGGAGGGCGAUUCUGAUGAUGACAAUAUUGAUGGGAUCUUAUCUCAUGCAUCGGUCAUAUCCAAAGCAGAAGGACGAGUUGACCGCAACCGACGACGUAAGCAAAGAAAGAAAGACAACCGGAAAGCUCGUCGGGAGCAGCAGGCACUUGUAAUGCAACAGCGUGAAAAAGAAAAGGAAAUGCCAGUGAAACCGUCUACGCAGAAUGUUUCAAAUGGUACUAGUAAAGAUGAGGAAAAGGCUACUGAAAAGGUAACAGAAGGAAAGGAACCGGAUGAAGGAAAAGAUCCGAAAGAAGAUGCCGAUAAAGCAAAGGAUAACGAAAAGGGCAAACAAAAAGGGAAAGGUAAAGAUAAGAAAAAAGAGAAAGAAAAAAAGAAGGACAAAGCUAAAGAAAGCACAUUAAUCGAAGAUGAACUGGAUAAGGUAGAGAUCGAGUACAUCCCUGAAAAGUUGACAAUCGCAGAUUUGGCUCCAAUGUAUCGUCAGUUUUAUCGUGUGUUCGAAAUAUUUAAGCUUGAAACAAAGCCAAAGGAAGCAGCCAAAACGGAAGCGACUGAAAAUGGAGAAAAAGUCGCGGCGGCUAAAAAACCAACCGAAAAGGAUGAUGACGAUGACGACGAUGAUGACCCAAUGGAUCUGGACGAUAAAGACGAGAAGGAGCGAAUUUCCAAGCGGAAGAUGAAGAAGUUAACGCGAUUGAGUGUGGCUGAGCUAAAGCAGUUAGUAGCUCGGCCGGACGUAGUAGAAAUGCACGAUGUGACGGCACGGGAUCCGAAGCUUUUGAUUCAGUUGAAGUCUCAUCGCAAUACAGUGCAAGUGCCACGUCACUGGUGUUUCAAGCGAAAAUAUCUGCAAGGAAAGCGUGGUAUCGAAAAGCCACCAUUCGAAUUGCCAGCCUUUAUCAAAAAGACAGGAAUUAUGGAAAUGCGUGCUUCACUGCAGGAAAAGGACGAGGCCAAAACACUGAAGGCAAAAAUGAGAGAACGAGCGAGACCCAAAAUGGGAAAAAUCGAUAUUGACUACCAGAAGCUGCACGAUGCCUUUUUCAAGUGGCAAACAAAACCCCGUAUGACAAUUCACGGUGAUUUGUACUACGAGGGUAAGGAAUUUGAAACCAGAUUAAAGGAGAAAAAACCGGGUGACCUUUCCGAGGAACUGCGAGUCGCAUUAGGUAUGCCAAUAGGACCGGCAUGUCACAAGAUUCCUCCUCCGUGGUUGAUCGCACAACAACGCUACGGUCCACCACCGAGCUACCCUAAUCUAAGGAUUCCCGGUUUGAACGCACCGAUUCCAGAGGGUUGUUCUUUCGGUUAUCAUGCCGGCGGCUGGGGUAAACCGCCAGUCGACGAAAACGGUAAACCGCUGUACGGCGAUGUAUUUGGAAUGAGUGCCAGCGAGCAUGACAGUGGUUUCUUGGGUGAGGAGGAAAUCGAUAGAACACAGUGGGGUGAGCUAGAAUCCGAGUCGGAGGAGUCGUCUGAAGAAGAGGAAGAGGAUGGAGAGGACUUGACUGCACCACCUGAUGAGAGCGGUCUUAUCACUCCGGCCGAAGGCUUGGUAACUCCAUCCGGUUUAACCAGUGGUGUACCGGCAGGAAUGGAAACUCCGGAUACAAUUGAGCUGCGUAAGAAGAAAAUCGAAAGUGAAAUGGAGGACAACGAAACACCGGUCCUGUACCAGAUUAUUCAGGAGCGACGCAAAGAGCUUAUCGGAAAUGCAAUGAUGGGAUCCACUCAUGUAUAUGAUCUAGCAGGAGCGACUGUAGCGGGUGCUGCCGGUGGCGGAGUUCGCGGUGGUCGUGCUGGAGCUAUCGAUCGCGAGGGUAUGGUGGAGUUGGCGCUGGAUCCUUCGGAAUUGGACAUGGAUAAUGAAGCAAUGGCGCAACGGUAUGAACAACAAAUGCGCGAACAACAAAGUCAUCUCCAGAAGGAAGAUCUUUCCGAUAUGUUGGCAGAGCAUGUCGCGAGACAAAAAUCCAAACGGAAACGGCAGCAAACAGAUACUACUAGCAAGCAGCAAAAGAAGUAUAAGGAGUUUAAAUUCUAAACCUAUAAAUUCAGGUUAUUUUUCACAAAUACUAUUAUAUGCGUAUCAUUGCUAAGGCUAAGUAUUCAAAUAAACACCGGAAUAUAUUCUA